AUGACCACUGCCGCCAUCGACGUUCAGGCUUAUAAUGAAAAGCGUUCCAGCCUAAUUUCUCAGGACAGAGCACUUCGCGUCGAUCAUGUGCGAGCCGCGAACCAUACAGCUCUCGAAAAGAAAGCGGACGAGGUCAUUCGGCGCAUACGCGAUGUAGAGGCGAAGACCGUCUGGGGAGUCAAGCAUGACGGUGUUCCCAAUGCGUUUCCAGGGAUGGAGUUCUUAACGGGCAAACAAAUCGUCCUCAAGACCAAGCUCUUUCAACUUCUGAGUAAAAUGCCCAAGGGCGCAGUGCUGCAUGCCCAUUUUGACUUGGCGACCAACUGCAGGAUCAUCCUCGACAAUGCUCUGAAGCAUAGUCUUAUCCACGUCCGCGUUCCCCGAGCACUUGAUGUCAUCACGAUUGAAUACACCGUCCCGCAAGUCCAGCCGAUGCACAGGGACUACGUAUCGAGUGCUUCAUCCAUCAAUGAAACGGUACCCGACGGCUCGUGGAUCUCUUUGACAAAAGCGCGGGAGACGUUUCCCUCUGAGCUCGGAGGAAAGGAUGGCUUCGAUAAGUGGAUGAUACGAUGCAUGUCCAUCAAUCCCAGUGAAGCGUAUGGGACACAUAACAACAAUAUAAAGAUUUGGGUCAAAUUUAGAGAAGCAGCGCGGGUCAUUCAGAGCAUGGUGCAUUACGUUCCAAUCUGGCGAGCAACCGUCCAACAGUUUCUGCUUGAAUUAGUGGCGGAUGGGAUUUCCUACGUCGAGGUUCGAAUCAACUUUCAUCGCCGAUUCAUGUAUAGCAUUGACGGAGAGGAGAAUGUGCCUCACCGCGAAUGGUUAAAAAUGUUUGACGAGGAGCUCUCUGCCUUCAAGCGCAAUCAGGCGGAACACGGUCGCUCGCAUGACUUCUUCGGGGUUAAGAUCAUAUACACAAUGAUUCGGAAUAUCUCGCCUGAGGAGAUGAAGUGGUAUAUGGACGACUGCAUCACGCUCAAGCAAGAGUUUCCUCACUUGAUCACAGGAUUUGAUCUGGUUGGAGACGAGAACAUCUUUAACCCUCUCAUUUACUACAUUGAACCACUGCUUGGGUUCAAGAAACGGUUAGAAGAGCUCAAGCUCGAUAUACCCUUUCUCUUCCACGCAGGGGAAACCUGUGGGGAUGGGUCACACGCGGAUGUUAACCUCUAUGAUGCCAUCCUACUUGGAACGAAGCGUAUUGGACAUGGCUUCUCACUUGUCAAGCACCCAAAGCUCAUGGAAAUCUGUCGAGAAAGGGGAAUAGCUCUUGAAGUUUGUCCUAUCUCAAACGAGAUUCUGCGGCUGACUGCGUCAAUGCCUAUGCACCCAUUACCUAUCCUUUUGAACAACGGUGUGCCCGUUGCUCUGAGUUCAGAUGAUCCUGCCCUUUUCGGAAACAUGGGUCUUACGUUCGACUUCUUCCAAGUAGUGGCUGCGAGUGAAAUCACUGGCUUGAUCACUCUAGGCGAGCUUGCUCGCGAUAGUAUCACUUACUCGAUGUUGAACGAGUCGGACAAGAAAACCGUCACGGAGAACUGGGAGAAACGAUGGAAAGCUUAUCUGGAAGAGCUAAUCAGCCUUCCCAUUUGAAGUACGGUUACUAUGAUGAACCCGUCUCGGAUACCUACGGGUUGGGAUGGGUAGCCUCGUGCGUGCUCAACCACGUAACAGGCAAGUCGGCGUCAUAAGAUUACAAUGUGUUUGCUUGUGUUGUGUGUAUACUAAUGGUCUGAUCUGUAGCAGCUCGGAAUGAUCCCUUGCCUGUUCUAUAUUGAGUGAGUCACUGCGUAGCUUCCAUCCUUCCUCAAAUACAGCAAUGUCUUCAACGUGAUCGGUCGUACCUACAUUGGAUCUAUCACUCCCUCCCAUCCGUAUAUCCAUCAUGCCAGCUGGUAAGCGUUGCAUUGCCGAAGCAGACGACGUCUGGGUAUCUCUCUCCGAGCAAAUCCCUCUGAGCGCUCUCGACGACUCCUCCCCGCAAGCCAGAUGCCUGCAAGGAACCCGCACACAGCUGCUGACAGACAUCAUGAGGCAUUUGGAAAAGAAGGGUCGGAGCGUGGUGUGGUUCCAUGGAGCGGGCGGCAGCGGGAAAACAGCGGUAGCUCUUUCCAUCGCUGACCAGCUUCGGGCCUCUUCGCGGCUUGGGGGAUGCUUCUUCUUUCCCCACGAAGAGCCCGAGCGGCAAUCUCUAAACUGCAUCCUUCCGACCAUCGCGUAUCAACUCGGGAUUAAAUACAACGCCGCACGCGAUGCCGCGCGCGAUGCCGUGACCCAAGCUCUUCUCAGGGAUCCGGGUCUCCUCGGGAAACACAGAUUCUACGCCCACCAGAUCAACCCGCUCUUUAUCGAGCCGCUCAGGCGUCUCAGAGACGCGUGGUCGAUGGGGCGACCACAGGUCUUCGUCUUCGAUGGUGUCGACAAAUGUUUACCUCCAAGCGAAUACGCCAGAAUUGCCCACUUCUUCAGCCUCCUGGCGGACAGGUUACGCGCCGCUGGCUUGCCCGACUUUCACAUCCUCCUCACCAGCCACCCUGAUGUUCCGCUGCAACAUUGGCGGACCAUGCGAGUCGUCGACAACUUCCAAGUAUUCAAUAUGCAGGACUACGAUUACGAGGUGCAUGCGGACAUUGCUCACUUCUUGAGAGCGUGCUUCGCAGAGAUAUGGUUGCGACGAACUAUGCAGCAACCUGUUCCGUCGCCGUCCGAGGACGCCAUCCAGAUAAUCGCGGCGAGGGCGGCUGGCUCAUUCAGCUUUGCAGAUAGCAUCGUUCGACUCGUGGAUGAUACUAACCCUGCUGAACAGCUCGCUUCCAUCCUCGAGCAAUGCACCAGCGAUGAUCGGACUCGGUACAACCUGGACAACGCACUCGGAACUCAUGUAGACGCCCUGGACAACCAUACAGAUGUCCUGGACAGUCAAGCUGAAACAGCCACGUUACCUCCAGCGUAUGACGACUAGUUAGGUCUUUGGCUGAAAUUAGGGCGGGGAUGGCCAUAAAACCUCCUGAUACGCGAUACCUGAAUGUUAAAUCCCAACUAAUGCAAUCAGCGUGCAGUAUCAUCAAGGGAUCAUACCGAUGCGUCAGGGAAUGAUGCUCAUCGUUGGCUGUAUUUCGUGGAAAAGUCUUGAAUACAAGGUCC